GGACGCUGGUCAUCCUGUCAGCACACCAACACCAUCAGGUCAGUACAGCAGGUACUAGUGGAGUUGAAGGAGGAGAAAGAAAAGGUGGAUGAAGUGUGUAUGAGGAGACACAGACGAUGGAGCCUCUCCCUCCAACUAGACAGACUCCACAAGGACACUGAGAAGGUCUUUGUACAUUCACCAGACUCUACACCAGUAGCAUUGCCGACCGUUGUGGUAACAUGCAUGACAAUAUGACAAUACGAGACUAACGCUACAUGGGCUGCAUAUCAUUGCCAAUAAGAAAUAGUGACGUAACUGAUGGUCAGGCACUAGUCUAUACUAGUCACCCGCAAAUGCCAAAAGUGUCGUAAUGCAUUGCAGCAUGUUGUUUGUGUACCAAGAGGGCAGUUUCAGCCUGACACAGCUUUUUAUCCUUACAUUGAGCAACUGUUG